AUGCAGUUCCUCCUCGUUGCCAGUCUGCUUCUGCAAGUAGUAGCGAGUCUCCCGUGGCCCAUUACGCGAGCCACGCGUGCAAGCAGGCCGCGACACGGAAGCCUGACUUGGCUCGAACUCGCCCAGUUCCACUUUGAAGACUAUGGCCUGACCAACCUGUGCGUCGAGUGUAACAAGGGCGAAGCUUCUGAUCCCAUGUUCGACUGCCUGCUCAAGUUUGACUGGAUGGACCCCAAUGUCAACCAUACAUGUCAUUGCGAGAAGGACUGGCAGUGGGAUGGGGUCACCAAGGAGAACGGCCCGAACAACACCUACAACACGGACUACUUCGUCUGCAAGUCGGAGAUUGCCGAGACGUUCCAGUUCAAGUUCGUGACGAUGACCGACUUAGGAGCGUUUACUCUCAUGCUGUCGCACAUCUUCAGAGACUCCAAAGACUUCCCCAGUCCAACAGUUGCCAAUCUGUUUGGGCAAACCAACCUCACGUUGGUAAGCCAAGAAGUAUCUGACACCUCUCUCAUCUACUUCACGCCCGACGCCAUCAAGGCGAAGAUCAUCGGUGUUACUAUCUGA